GAAGAAGAAAAAGGAGAACCUACUACCAUGAUGCAUUGCACUGCCAACGUAGGCAAACAGGAACAUGGCUACCGGUGUUUAACACCAACAAUCCGUCUUCACGAUACACUUCUCUCGGCCUCACACAGCCUGUGACAAUAAUAUAACAUUUUUCUGUGCCUCUGCGACUGAAGGAAAACCUCAGUAGAGUCUAUCAGCGGAGCCAGCAGACCCUCUGGAAACAGCGUCUUCGUUGUUCAUCAAUCAAACAGGAAUCCCCCAAAUUGCCAAAGGUCUGUUGAGUGGGUCAACAUGGCGAGUCCAAGGACCAGAAGGGUUUUGAAGGAAGUGAGAACCCAAGACGAGAAUAAUCUUUGCUUUGAGUGCGGGGCUUUCAACCCUCAGUGGGUUAGUGUGACCUAUGGGAUCUGGAUUUGUCUUGAGUGCUCUGGCAAGCACAGGGGACUGGGAGUCCAUCUCAGCUUUGUGCGCUCAGUCACCAUGGACAAGUGGAAAGAUAUUGAGCUUGAGAAGAUGAAAGCAGGAGGAAAUGGAAAAUUCCGCUUGUUUCUUGAACUCCAAGAUGAUUAUGAUCUCAACUGGACUUUACAGGAGAAAUACAACAGCAAAGCUGCUGCGCUCUUUAGGGACAAGGUUGCAACUUUAGCAGAGGGUAAGGAGUGGUCCAUUGAGACAUCUUCUGCCAAAAACUGGACAUCUCCUCAACCUAAGACCAGCCUUUCAUCCUCUCAUCGCUCUGGGGGACCUGGACAAACCUCGGCACAAUCCGGAGACAAAGCUUUUGAAGACUGGUUGAGCGAUGAUGUGAACUCUUAUCAGAGCGGAGGAGGUUACAGCGGGAAUCAAGAGAAUCGGUACGUUGGCUUCGGCAACACAGUGACCCCGGAGAAGAAAGAGGAUGAUUUCCUGAACAAUGCCAUGACUUCAAUUUAUUCAGGUUGGAGCAGUUUCACAGUUGGAGCUAGCAAGUUUGCUUCUAUUGCUAAAGAUAAUACAUCUAAACUGGCAAACCAAGCAACCUUAAAGGCCACAGAGUUAGGACAGACAUUAAAUGAGAAUGUUAUCAAACCUACCCAAGAAAAGGUGAAAGAUGGCAAAUUGCUAGAUGAAAUGACAGUAGGCAUCACUGGGCUGGCAAACAAGGUUCAGGGAGCUGGUGCAAAAUUGACAACUCUCUUCAUGGGUAAACCAGAAGAUGGGUCUGCUGGAGAGAGCUAUCAGAACAUGGAUGCUACUGAAGGAUAUCAGGGCAGUUCUAGCCAGCCUGUGUCAAAGGACUUCUGGGAAACCUUUGGUAGCAACAGCUCCUUGAAGGCCAAGAAAUCUCCCAGCAGUGACAGCUGGACCAUCCCAGAUAAUUCUGCAAAGAAGAGCUCUGACAGUUGGGACAAUUGGGGCUCUGAGGCGGCGUCCAACAACAAACACAGCACAGAGGAGAGCUGGGAGGCCUGGGACAACCACUGGGACAACACGGAUGGUAAGGCAAAGAAGAGUCCCACAAAACCUGCAGAAGAAACCUGGGAUAAUGCAGACUGGUAGUGAUCUCAUAACCAUACAGCUCCUCAACUUUUUUUCCCCGCUCUGGCCUUUUCUCUCUCUCUCUCUCUCUCUCUCUCUCUCUCUCUCUCUCUCUCUCUCUCUCUCUCUCUCUCUCUCUGUUCAUCUCACUUGCACUUUCAGGGAAUGAGCUGCAUCCAACUUACUUCCUGUCAAUGCAUUCAAAAUAUAUUUAUCAAACACCCAAGAAACAAUGAAUGAAGCUCUGGGUUAAGUUGAGCUCAUGAUGAAAUUAAUAUUCUUAAAAAAACUUGGAACUAUAUUGACUUGCGGUCAUGUAUAUUAUUGUAAAUUAUCUUCACCACAGGAAAUUAAGAUAAAUCAGUGUAGAUAUGGUCAUACAUUAAUGCCCAAGCUCCCAAAGUAUAAUACUCUUAAUGGUGCCAGUGUUCAUUCUGUAUAAUGGUUUUAAUGAUACUGGUACUCAAUUCGCUACAUUAAAAAAUGAUGCAUGAGCUAGAAAAUCAGACAUUGUAAAUACAAAUCAUUGUAAAUACAGUAUGAGUGACUAAACACUAAUCACAUCCUUUUCUGUGUGGCCAAUAAUAUCGACUUAUUCUGCCCCCUUUUGUUUUGUAAAACAGAUUUUGAAUUUCAUUUUUGAUGAGAAUAAAGUCGUUACAUACUGUGGUCCCAAAGUGUCAUAAAAUUAAAUAAGCAAAUAACCAUUAUAACAAAUUGGCUACCAUCGGUGUCAAUCACGCAAACUGACUUACAACUUAUAUGUUUGUCAAAAUGGAUUUAACAUGGAUGAACUGUUGAAACUCAUUUUGACUGAUACAAUAUUGUGAAUUUACUUCCACUUUUUACCAUCUUCACCAGCUUUUGUUAACAAUGGCUAAAGACCUAUCUCUAACUCUCAUUCAAAAGUCAAGUUACAAUUAAAAUAUUCUUUUAAUCACAUCCAGAACAUCAUAUUUAUACUUGUUUGUUAUGCAACUCCACAUGUAAUGCUACUUUCCUGCAACAUUUUGCAGUAAAGUAGCAUUACAUUAUAUUACAUUGUUCUGUUUUUUUUUUUUUUGUUUUUCUUUUACUUCUCUGCAGUAUACAGCUGAAAUAAUCCAUUUGGAUUGAAAAAUGUCAAACUAUAAUAUGCCAGGAAUCAAUUGCGAAGCAUUGAAUUAAUACCCACCAUUAGAUUGUGAUCUACUGAGUAGGGGUGUUUUCUUGUGAUAUUAUACUAUGUAUUUGUCAUUUCUUUUUCUGAACUUGAAGCUGGCUGGUGCUUUUUGAAUUAAUGUUAAGUGCAGGCAGGCAGGAUAUGCUGUAUUUGCCCGUAUAAACUGAUUUUAAACCAGGCUCAGGUUGUGUCAGGCUCCUAAAAACUUGCAUUCUCUUUUAAAUCCAGCUGAUGUUCAGAAACAGUGAUUUUGAACAGAUUUUCUUUUUUUUUUUCUUCUUUUUUUUCAAGACACGCAUUUUUAAAUAAAUGGUGUCUAAAUAUGAAUUAUACAGUUUGAUGAUAAAGUCACUCAUUGCAGGAUAAUAUACUGCAUGUACUGUAUGUGAGUGCGGAGGUUUUGAGAACUGGACACAGAUGGGGGACUGUAGACUGGAUUGUUUAAUGCAUGGUGUUGUAACUGCCAAACCUGUGAGCCUGUAACCCAUCGUGGGUCAUUGUAAAUUUCAUCUUGCAUGAAGCAACACUGUGUGACCUGUUCUCCUCAUCUGUGUCAACUGUCAUUGCACCUCAGUCAAUAUGAAUUGUGAAGAUCUGGUGUCCCAUGUAUCUUGACACUGGAGUAUUAACAUCUGAAUUGUGGAGUAAUCUCAUUAUAUGCUGAAUUCGUAGAUGGGCAUAGCUCUCAAAUACUUGUGAAUUAAUUUAAUCAACCUUGUGCAUCCCUCAGUCAGAUUCAAUGGCAUCUGCAUUUACUGCACAUUGCUCACUUUAGACGUGAUAGUAUCAUGGAAAGCUCAUUUUUUUGGAACAAGAUGGAAUGUAAUUAGGGUAAAAUUGAGCAUUUUAUAAGCCUGAUGGUCUGAUAAUCUUACAUUUUAAAUGAGCCAUCCACGUGUAGAACUAGGGAAAUAGUUGCAAGAUCUAAUUUUCUGAUGUGGCCUUUAAUUGCCUGUGACAUAAAGCGUUGUGACUUAAUCAUACUGUAAACAAACGUAAAGUUCCAUUUGUUUGUACAUGUAAUUACCUAGAGAUGCUCAGUUUUCAUAAUGAUUCAAACCACUCAAACUCAAGUUAAGUAUACGUGAACCAAUUCCAGCAGAGGUUUAAUUUGUCUGAAGUUAAAUUUUUACAUUUCAAGAUGCAGUAAAUCACCAAUAUGAGAAGACAUCUUAACACUCAUCUGAUUCUUUGAGGCUUGGCGUCUGUGAUCAUUGAUCAGUAGUCAAUUAUUAACUGCAUACAGAACAGUCCACUAGUGCAAUAUAGUUGCUGGACUGUUGUCUGUUAUUAGGGUGUAUUAACAUUUUGUUGUACUUAAGUAGGUGGUCCCCAUUGGGUCUCAUAGUUGAUAAAAAUGUAAUUUUACUAUUACAGAUUUUAACUAUUACAGGAUAAAAGAUCCUGGGAACUUUAUUCCAUGCCCAUUUCCUACCUCUAAAAAGUGUUCAGUUUACUGCCAAAUAACCAGUAGUGAACAUGUUUUCUUUUCUUAAUAUUUCAGCAUUGUUUUGAUGUAGAUCUUAUUAGGCUUCAUUAACUGUGAUCCAUUUUAUCCUUGUUGAAAGAAUUGUGUUUAAGCAAAGCAACAAAGGAUGGGUCUACAAUAUUCAGUCUUUUUUUUUUUUAGUGAGAAUUCAAUGAUGUAAACAAAAAAAAAAACAAAAAAACAAAAAGAUCACUCCUGGAACAUUUGUGUUGCUGAACCUCUGCAGUCAUGUGUUCAUGUACGUUCAUGUGUUCAAAGCCUUAAACAGCUGUGUUUGCUUUCUGUUGAUUCUGAUGUCAGUUUGCUUGCGUGUGUCUGAUGCAGUGAGGUGUACAUGUCGGUAAAUGAUCAUCUAAGAUAAUGUCAAAUGAUAUAUUGUCACUCUGAAGCUUUAUAAUUUUUUUUUUUUUUCAUUUAUGAUGGCAUGACAUAAAACAUGUCAAAUGCCAGGAAAUGAAUUGAAGACUGCUGUGAUAUCUCGCAGUUUAAAAAGGGAAAUAUUUGAACAGUCACUUGUCUGAAAUCUGUAAAAGAGCUCAUAGCUUUGAAAUACAAUAGUUUUCCUUUUUGGUGAAUGUCUUGUUUGGAUUACUAAUACACUUGAUUUGUGGAUAAAUCUCUGAAUGUGUUAUUGAAUGAACUGUAUCCAAUAGGUCUUGACAUAAGGUGAUGAUUUUUUUUUUUUUUUUAAUAAAACCGGAUAUGAUUUAUUUUGCCACAUAGUCUAAAUCUAAUUCUAAACUUUCCAGAGCAGCAGUUUAGCUCAGUGUCUGUGCCUGUUGAGCAUUUGAGAUCGGGUAUGUCAAUGUUUGUUGAAAUGACUAUUGUGUCAGAAAUACUAUUUUUGAUGUCAUGCAUGAGAUGUAACGUGGAGCUAAAUACAUUCAGCUGUUUUGAACUUUCCGAAGUCGUUUCCUCAGUGAUUUUCAGUGCAGUCGUACGCUUGCCCCUUCCAAGUUUCACCAGCAGCCAUCCCAUGAGGUGCGCCAGUGUUACCGACACAGUUUCGGCUGUGGAUAUUUUUCCUGUACACAUGGUUUCUGUGUUAAAUAAAAAUGUAUUGUGCCGUGAA